CGCUGAACCCCCCCACCCCACCCCACCCCCCCCCGGCCCGGCGCCAUGGGCGAUGUGCUCUCCUCUCACCUGGACGAGAGCCGCCGGCAGCACAUCGCAGAGAAGACUGGGAAGGUGCUGGGGGAGUUCUCCCGCUGCUACAGGGAACAGUAUGGGGUAGCACUCUUCAACAGCGUCCGCUAUGAGAUUGAAGGCAAUGGGGGGCCGCAGGCACAGCUGCUGCACCGCAAGGUCCCGCUGGAGGACCACGUCAUCUACUCGGGCAACCUCUUCCAGUACAUCGAAGAGAACAAGAAGUGGAGGAACCGCUUCUGCGUGGUCCCACACAACUAUGGGCUGGUGCUGUAUGAGAACAAACUGGCUUAUGAGAGAGAGCUGCCGCCCCGUGUGCUGAUCAACAGUGCUGGUUACAAGGUGCUCACCUCAGUGGAGCAGUACCUGGAGCUGGUGAACACCAGCCUGCCUGGCAUCACCCCCAAAUCGGGGAACACCCCCAUCCUGAAGUGCCCCACGGAUUUCCCCCUCAUCCUCUGGCACCCCUACGCCCGGCACUAUUACUUCUGCCUGAUGACUGGCAAAGAGCAGGAGAAGUGGGGAGCAGUGUUCCAGGACUGCGUGCGGCACUGCAACAGCGGGAUCUCGGAGGACUCCAAAGUUGAAGCCCCAGCCUUCACUGAUGCCGUCCGCAUGUACCGCCAGUCCAAGGAGCAGUACGGCACCUGGGACAUGCUGUGCGGCAACCAGACCCAGAUCCUGAGCAACCUGGUGAUGGAGGAGCUGCUGCCGGAGCUGCGGAACGCCAUCGGCCCGCGGCUGAAGGGCAAAACCCAGGAGCGCCAGCGGACCUGGAUCCAGAUCUCAGAUGCUGUCUAUAGGAUGGUCUACGAGCAGACUAAGGCACAAUAUGAUGCCAUGGUGGCCAAGUGUGAGCUGGAGCGGCCCCAGAUGGAGAGCAGCAUCCGGACUGACAUGGACCAAAUCAUCACCUCCAAGGAGCACCUGGCCAGCAAGAUCCGAGCCUUCGUCCUCCCCAAAGCGGAGAUCUGUGUCCGUAACCACGUCCAGCCCUACAUCUCCUCCAUCCUGGAGGCCCUGAUGACCCCGACGAGCCAGGGCUUCGCCGAGGUGCGGGAGGUCUUCUUCAAGGAGGUGACGGACAUGAACAUGAACAUCGUCAAUGAGGGCGGCCUGGAGAAGCUGGUGGAGUACAUGGAGAAGCUGUCCCACCUGGCCUUCCACCCAGUGAAGAUGCAGUCGUGCUACGAGAAGAUGGAGCAGCUGAAGCUGGAGGGCCUCCAGCAGCGCUUCGAUGUCUCCAGCACAUCUGUCUUCAAGCAGAGGGCCCAGAUCCACAUGCGACAGCAAAUGGAUGAUGCCUUGUACACCUUUGAGACGCUGCUCCACCAGGAGCUGGGGAAGCUUCAGGGCAAGGAUGAGCUCUGCAAGUCCAUCCAGCGCAUCCUCGAGAGGGUGCUUAAGAAAUAUGAUUACGACAGCAGCACGGUGCGGAAGAAGUUCUUCAGGGAGGCCCUGCUGCAGAUCACCAUCCCCUUCCUGCUGAAGAAGCUGGCACCCACCUGCAAGGGGGAGCUAGCCAAGUUCCAGGAGCUCAUCUUCGAGGACUUUGCCAGCUUCAUCCUGGUGGAGAACACAUAUGAAGAGGUCGUGCUGCAGUCUGUGAUGAAGGACAUCAUGCAAGCCGUGAAGGAGGCAGCCGUGCAGCGGAAGCACAACCUGUACCGUGACAGCAUGGUGAUGCACAACAGCGAUCCCAACCUGCACCUGCUGGGCGAGGGCACCCCCAUCGACUGGGGCGAGGAGCACGGCGGGCAGCCUGAGGCUGAGCCGGCUGCUGACAAGCGCCGCAGGGCCAAGCAGGUGGUGUCGGUGAUCCAGGACGACGAGGGGGCCCUGCCCUAUGAGAUGGGUGCCGAGAUGCUGAUGUCUCCCAGCUCGCCGGAGCCGCCAGAGCCCAGGGUGCCACCGGGGUCCCCAGAUGGGGUGGCGGAGAUCCGGGAGGCGCUGGCCAAGGAAAGCACCGAGGUGCUCACAGAGGAGCGGCUGACGAACGGUACCCACAGCAUGCGGGACAGCGGUGCCACCAAGGAGGUGGUGGUGGCAGAGGGGGCUGCACCAGGUGAUGUCCCCACGAAGGGUCCGGCCGGUGAUGGGGAUGGAGUGCGGCGUGCCGCACCGGCAGCACCCACAUCUGGAGCCAAGGUUUCAUCAGAGGAUGGGGUGCCCCAUGCUCCACCAGCACCACCUGCACCUGAAGCUGAGAGCACGGCAAGGGAUGAGGUGCAGCAUGCCAUGCCUGCUUCACCCACAACUGGAGCUGAGGUCCUGUCACAGGAUGGGCUGCACCAUGAUGCGCCUGCAUCACCUGUAUCUGGAGCUGAGGUCACAUCUGGAGCUGAGAUCCCAUCUGGAGAUAAGGUGCCUCAUGCCACAUCUGCAUCGCCUGCACCCGGAGCUGAUGUCCCACCCAGCGAUAAGGUGCACCAUGGUGUGCCAGCAUCACCUGCACCCAGAGCUGAAACCCCACCAGGAGAUGAGGUGCAUCAUGCCACACCAGCAUCCCCUGCACCCAGAGCCGAGGUCCCACUGCCGCCUGCUGGGACCGCCUGCCAGCGCAGUGACAAGGAGACGGGUGAGGAGGUGGCCCUCCCGGUGGCAUGCAGCCCCCCAGAGCCUGCGGGCACGACGGAGAACAUUGAGGGGAUGCAGACUGAGUUCUAGCCCCAUUCCUGCUGCAGACUGGCCCUGGUAACACCAGAGAUGGGGACUGGGACCAGGGAGGGGAUGGGGAACACCUGACUGGGAGGAGCCCCGUGUGGUCCUGCUAGGUGAGGCUGGGGGUGCCCUGGCUCGGCACAGGGUACCCACUGCACUCUGCUCUGUCCUUCUUCUGCC